CAAACUGAAAUGUCUGCUACAGAUGUACUGUGAAUGCACAAAUAUGCCCAGCCAAGAAUCUGCAAAGUCCUUGAAGCACAGGCAGCUUAAGCAGAACCGAUCCACUUAGUAACUUUCCCCACCUCACAUAGCUCAUUUACCAAUUAGCUGUGCAAGGUACCAGUCGUAGAAUUCUGGAGUGCUUUAGAUGGUAAUCUACGCUCCGCCUCUGCUUCUAGGAAACACCCAGCCUGCAGCUUUCAACUGGGUGCAAACAGAGUACAGUGACUAAUCCAGGCGUGUUUCAACAGAUGGUUAGAGCUGGCCUAAUUCAGUCACUGCAGUUGAAUGAGGUUGAGAGGAGAAGCUACUGAGAGCCCUUUUCGGAGCUGUGUGGUCUCUGCGCUUCCUGGCAUUGUUAAGGGGAUCCUUUUUGAGAAGCCCGUGUCCCAGAAAUGAGAGAAAGCUGACUGAUAAAGAAUACGCAUUGGAAUCAGACUUCAUAUGUAAUGUUCUUGUGGACAUACAUUUUCUAUGCCGCUUGAACAAUGAAGCUGUAACAAAGUGACCAUUUCCAGGACACCACCUUCCCCACUCAAGGGUGAAAGUACUGAAGAAAUUUGCGACAGACGACCUGAUCUUUCAUUUCUGGGAACUGUAGAGCAUUGGAAUACUGGAAUCCCGAAAAGUCAUAAUCCUGUACUGAGUCUCAGGUUUACUGUACAGUGAACUGGUGAAAUUUAUUUAUUUGUGAGAGGAAGUUUUGAAUGACGGCCAUGAUUAGUGUUUGGAUUCGAAGGUGUGAUGGAUGCUAAUUGUCAUUUUGGAACAGUCCAGUCAUCCUACCCCACACUGAGCUGAAAGUAAACGAAGAAAGGAAUUCCUUUCCUAACCUCGGAAGGACAAAAGGCCUCAAGUGAGACGAAAUGUUACAGUCAAGACUUGCCCUUGGAUUGGUUGUGUUGGGGUUUAUUGCUUUUGUGAGUCCUGGGUUAGCUGUCCUUUCUCAGCGACUGAAAGGCCGAUUUCAAAGAGAUCGCAGGAAUAUUAGACCAAACAUCAUCCUCAUUUAUACAGAUGACCAGGAUGUGGAACUUGGAUCUUUGGAAGUAAUGAACAAGACCAGGAAGAUCAUGGAGCAAGGAGGAGCACAUUUCACAAAUGCAUUUGUGACAACACCCAUGUGCUGCCCUUCAAGAUCAUCCAUGCUGACAGGGAAAUAUGUCCACAACCACAAUACCUACACGAACAAUGAGAACUGUUCAUCUUCCUCCUGGCAGGCCACACAUGAACAGCGGACAUUUGCUGUGUAUCUGAACAGCACUGGCUAUAGGACAGCUUUCUUUGGAAAGUAUCUGAAUGAGUACAAUGGCAGUUACAUUCCACCUGGUUGGCGUGAGUGGGUUGGAUUAGUAAAGAAUUCUCGGUUUUACAAUUACACACUCAAUAGAAAUGGUGUAAAGGAGAAGCAUGGAUUUGACUACUCAAAGGAUUACCUGACAGACUUGAUGACAAAUGACAGCAUCAACUAUUUUAAAUUAUCCAAGAAGAUUUAUCCACAUAGACCAGUUAUGCUGUUGAUAAGUCAUGCUGCACCCCAUGGUCCUGAGGACUCAGCUCCACAGUUUUCCAACCUCUUCCCCAAUGCUUCCCAGCACAUCACCCCCAGCUAUAAUUAUGCACCCAAUCCAGACAAGCAUUGGAUCAUGAGAUAUACUGGCCCAAUGAAACCCAUCCAUAUGGAAUUCACUAACAUGCUACAGAGGAAGCGCCUGCAGACUUUAAUGUCUGUGGAUGAAUCAAUGGAAAAGCUCUAUAACAUGCUUGUUGAAACAGGAGAAGUGGACAAUACAUACAUCAUUUAUACAGCAGACCAUGGCUAUCACAUUGGACAGUUUGGACUAGUCAAAGGAAAAUCGAUGCCCUAUGAGAUUGAUAUCAGAGUGCCGUUUUUCAUGCGGGGUCCCAAUGUGGAACCAGGGUCAAUAAUUCCUCAACUUGUUCUAAAUAUAGACCUUGCCCCAACAAUUUUAGACAUUGCAGGUCUGGACAUUCCAGCUGACAUGGAUGGCAAAUCCAUUCUAAAGCUUCUAGACACUGAAAAACCUGUCAACAGGUUCAACUCGAACAAGAAAACAAAAAUAUGGCGAGAUUCCUUUCUUGUGGAAAGAGGUAAGCUGCUCCACAAGAGGGAUGAGAAUAAGAACGCCCAAGAGGAAAAUUUUCUGCCGAAGCAUGAAAGAGUGAAAGAUCUUUGCCAGAAGGCAGAAUACCAGACACCUUGUGAGCAGUUUGGCCAGAAAUGGCAGUGUGUGGAAGAUUCCACUGGAAAGCUUCGGCUUCAUAAGUGCAAAGGAAUGGCUGUCACAGCAGCAUCUGAGAAGAGGAGGUCUAAUCGCUUCCAGUCCAAGUAUUACAACGGUGAUGGAGGAGAUUGUGAUUGUGAAGAAAAUGGAUCCAAAAUUAAUACAGCAGCUCGACAGAAACAGACCAUUUUGUCCAAGCAAAAAUUUAAGCAAAGCUACAUACGAAAUAGGUCAAUCCGUUCAGUAUCUGUUGAACUUGAAGGAGAAGUCUAUGAUCUGGAUCUCGAUGAAGGAUUUGAUCCAGUUGUGCAAAAGAACGUCACUAAACUCCAUGAUGUGGCUGAUGAGGAAGAGGAGAAUAUGGGUGAAAGCAGUGGCACUGAAAACAGCAAUGAACUAAUUGUGCCAAGUUCAAUUAAAGUCACACAUAAGUGCUAUAUAUUGGCCAAUGAAACUGUUCAAUGUAACAGAGAUCUGUACAAAUCACUUCAAGCGUGGAAGGAUCAUAAGUUACACAUUGAUCACGAGAUUGAAACACUUCAAACUAAAAUAAAGAAUUUACGAGAGGUCAGGGGUCACUUGAAGAAAAAAAGACCUGAAGAAUGUGACUGUUCCAGGAUGAGUUUUCCCUCUAAACAUAAGGGAAUGAAAGGAAAGCUCAAGCACAAAGGAGCUAAUCAUCCCUUCAAGAAAGGAAACCAGGAUAAAAAUGAAAAUGCUUGGAUGUUUAAGGAUGAGAGAAAAAGGAAGAAACUGCGAAAAAUGCUGAAGAGAUUGCGAAAUAAUGAUACAUGCAGUAUGCCUGGUCUCACUUGUUUCACACAUGACAACCAGCACUGGCAGACACCCCCAUACUGGACAUUGGGGCCAUUCUGUGCUUGUACCAGUGCGAAUAACAACACUUACUGGUGUUUGAGGACCUACAAUGAGACCCACAACUUCCUGUUCUGUGAGUUUGCCACUGGUUUCUUGGAAUACUUUGACCUCAACACAGAUCCUUACCAGCUGGUGAAUGCAGUGAAUACGUUAGAUCGAGAUGUUUUGAACCAGUUACAUGUGCAACUUAUGGAAUUACGAACCUGCCGCGGCUUUAAACAGUGUAAUCCACGGACCAGAAAUAUGAACACAGGAGGAAAAGAUGAAGAAAAGUUUAAUCAAUACAGGCAAUAUCAGCGCCGGAAAUGGCCCAAAACGAAGAGACCAAACACCAAGUCCUUAGGACAACUUUGGGAAGGCUGGGAAGGAUAGACUCUUGGGAAAAAAAAAGCUGAUUCCUUCAGCAGCAUCAACUGGCAACAACUUGAAACUUUAUACAGACAGGGUGAAAGCCUAUACCUUUAUCAACUGAAUUUCAAUUUUAGCCUUGAAGACUGAAUAAACUAAGGGGGCUGAUGUAGGUAGAAUGUUUGCACUGUUGGGGAAUUUGAAUAGAUAAGUAAACUAUCGAGGAUCACUUAUGUAAAUGAAGGUGGAAUGCUUCUUCCACUGGUUGCUAGACUAUCUGCUAUAACUCAAAGUAAUGCCUCAUUUUGUUCAAAGCCAUCAUUUUGGAAUGCAGCUCACUUGACUUACAGGAACUGGCUGAUUCUGCAGGAGCAAAGGAGCAAGGUGCAAUUUUUUUUUUUGGUGAAGCACCUUGAUUACAAGACAUUUCCAUUAUCAAUAUGGCUAUAAGUUUGUCGAUAAAGAAUCGUGCAAGAAUCAACCACUGCCAAUGAUUUUGGAAAAUAAAGUGAGGUGAAGGAAAUUUUGUAAGACUGGGACAGUGGUCAAAAUCAAUACAAGGGAAAUAAAUGUAUGAGCAUGAAAAUGGAAGGGAUGAAUUGUUUGGUGAAGACCUUCUAGAAUAAAGAUUUGUUUGAAGUGAAAAGGAAGUGAAUAUUCAAAUUGUUAAUAAUAGUUUUAUCAACUGUCAGUCCCAAUUUGAGAAAUCUGCUUCGUUUGAGGACUUGCAUAUUUGUUCAGCCUCUGCCGUCAUUAUUUCUAAACAGCUUUGAGAUGCACAUUUAGAAAGACCAGCUUCUGUAUAUUACUUAGAAUUCUAUCUUGUAAAUACUUACAACUUUUACACCCAUCAAUGAAGUUUAUUAGUGAUUUAGAAGCUAAGUCAAUGCAAACUGGAAUGCCUAGCUACAUACAAUAAUAUCAGAAAAAAAACCUCAUCUUUAAAACUGCACCAUUUGAUUGACGAACUAUUGAUGCAUUUUAAAAUCUUGUUUCAUACUGAUUUGUUCAAAUUCAUGAAUUCGACCGAUUGAAACUGAUUUUCAACUUACUGAAAUAGCAUCUGAAACCACAUCUUUAAAAUUGGCUAAAUUUCAGAAUAACAAGAUGAGUUUAAAAAUAAAUCCUUAAUUGUGUAAUAAAAUAAUUUGCAUCUGUUGCAAUGAUACAAUCUUCUAUACUGACAUUUCUGAUAUGUUUUCUUUUUCCUCAAUUAAAGAUUUGUUGCCCUUCUCCAUUUCUCCUCCACCAGCAUUGGUAGAAUCCUCCACCAUGUCCAUUUCUGUUUUAAACGAUUUUGUUUUUCAAUAGUCUCUUCCCUCCCAAGAAUCUCAAUACGGCUGCCAUUAUUCCCACCAUCCAGCCAAGCAGCUGCCAUUUUUACUGGAUCAUUCUCUGCCUCUUCUGCCACUUCAGUCCUGCUGCCGCAAGAAAACCCCUUUCCUCCUCCUCUUUCAACAAUCCAAAGGAGCAAUUUCUUUUGUGAUGUCCAAGUUUAAUCCUCAGUCAGAGCCAAGCACCACUCUCCUUCCAGCAGCACUUAUUCACACAAGCACAGGAGAUGCAACAAUUGUUUUUUUUACCACUAACCUCCUUAAUGUCUUAGGCCUCAAGUUCUCUUCCCAAAUUAAAGAGUUUUAUUUGCACUUUCAGUCAAGAAUACUGUAUUAAUUUUCAUAGUGUGGGCACUUACCCAUUUGGAAAUCCAAGCAUAGAGAGGGUGACCACUUUAUGGGGACAUAUGCAUUUAGUCCAUAAGCUUGGCCUGGACCUUGGCCUCCUGUUGUUUAAAUUCGCCAUCUUGCUUCCAAUCUGACCAACCUAUUCUUGGCUUCCUUGUAGUGUUCCAGUGAAGCUAAACACAAUGUCACCUAUUCAUUUUUCAACCGAGCAAUUUAGCAAUUCAGUCUGUUGAAAUCAACACACCCUUCCAUUUAUUAUCUUCUCCAGCAUCUCUCCUUUUCCUUGCUCAAAAUCUUUUAUAUUUCCAACCGUUACCAGUUCUGAUGAAAAGUCAGACAUGAAAAAUUAACUCUGUUGAUUUCUCCACAGACUCUGCCAGGCUGGCUGAGUAUUUUCUGUAUAUUCUGCUUUUAUUUCAGAAUUCCAUCUCUGCAGUAUUUUACUUUUGAGUAAAACAACUUAUGUUUGAGAUUUGCAACUUAAUCUGAGGUAAAUAUCAGGUCGAUAUGAAAUUUGGUCAAGCUAAAUAUGAUGGUCUGUCUGCCAAAAAUAAAAUGCUCUAAUGAUGAAGAAUGUAAAAUCUAUUCUAGAAAACUAGAAUAAAAGUUGUUUUAUGAUUCUUUCUAAAUGGGAAUACAAACAAAACUGUUUAUGAUCUGCUUUACAACUUGUUUACUUCAAAGUGAAAUACUUGAUUCUUUCCGAAGAACAUUUUCAGAUAUGUAUUGUAUGAGGAAAUGUUAUUCCAAAUGGCUGAUCAGUCCAGACUGUAAAGAGUUACUUUCUUUUUAUCAUGUAUCUAGUUAGAGCACUAAUGGUAGAGUUGUUUGAGAUUUUUAAAAAUAAGUAAUUUGAAUUGUUUCUACUGGGAUACAUUAUAAAUUAAUGGUUUAAGAGUAAAUUGAAUAAUCCCUGCUCUGAUCUAUAACAUGACCUUUGAAAGAGCAAGGGUGAAGUGUGGAGCUAAAAUAUUGUAGCCCUCCAACCCACAGUGCCUAUAUAUGUUGGUCCCCGUUGAACAGGGAUUGCUGAAUUUACUCUAUGAUAUAUUACAAACAUUUAUCUCUUGACUUUUUUAAUGGAUGCAAAAUGAUUUUUGAGGAAGGUUGUUGCAAAUUGAUUGAUGUCAUUACAAGUAUUUGUCUGGCUAAGCUUAUGUAUUAAUGAUGUAUUAAUUCUUAUAAAUAUUUCAACCAACAAUUGAACAUUUGAUUUGUAACUGUAAUUUUCCUGCCAUAGGGUUAAAAUUGACUGUCACUUUAGCACUGAUAAAAUCAAGACCUAUUACAGAUAGCAGCUAUAAAACUGAAACCUUUGUUAAUGAUGUUAUUAAAAUUUUACUGUGUUCAAGAAAUAUUUGUCUAUAGCCUUUAAGAAUUCAAGUCUUAAAAUGUAUUUCUGUUCACAGUAUUCCAGUACCUUCUGUUUGUUAAGACUCUGUAUUUGUGUGGUGAUCAACACAAUUAAGAUUAAGGACAAAUUCUAGAUCAAUUUGAAUAGAUUUUUUAAACGAUUAUUUUUCUGCUUCCUUGUUCUGUAUUCCUUGUUAUUCCUCCUUAAUAUUAAUUCCUGAGGAUUAAACAGUUACUGUGUUCUGUGUAUCUUGAA